AUGACUACGAAGGAUAGCAUUAAAGAUAUCUGUACCGAGGAAUCUACAGUUCUAUCUCGCAGGAAGAGAUUUAUUAUUUUCCCGGAAGGAAGUUCGUUUCAAUUAGUUUUUUGCACCACCUAUCCAGCCUUAAUAACUAUAGGUGAUAUAUUCCUGUGGGGCACCACAGCCGCCCUGGCGUUUGAGCUCCCGCAAGACCCAUACUCCCCCUUUAACCACAAAGCGGACCCUCUUCACAGAAGGAUGGACACGAAGACGAUUUAUUUCACGGAUUAUAAUGGGAAAAUUAUACACCAAGAACCGUAUAAAAGGAAGUUUAUAGUAAAUCCAGCGUUCGCGAAGCGUAGCGUGGACGGAUCCGAUGUAGCUCAGGAAUACAAAAUAGAUAGAAGAAACAUGCACGCCUCAAAGCACACGCGCAAGUUUUUGAAAGGCGACUAUAUGGAGAACGUUGGUUUCCAUAGACGCGGUCGAGCGACCUUGUAUCAACACAUCGAAGGUCUUCUUCAAGGUCUUGGUGUCGAUGGAAGAGUGUGCCUGCUAAAGAUGCUCUGCGAAAUGGGACAUUCCAAUAAUGAUCAGCAAGGAGCUUUUCUUCAAGAAAUAAUGAGAGUAGUAUUCACAUUACCAAAAUCUUAUAAUCUAGACGACGUGGACGUAGAGUACGAUGCAGCACAUUCGGCCAAAGGUUCCUGUGAAGAACUUUAUCCUUGUACUGGAAAAGGCACCCUUUAA